UCGGACUUCUUUCGUGGCAUACACGGCUUUUAAACUAUCAGUUUGAUUUGACAAUUUGACAAUUUACUUUUGAAAGCUAAUUGUAAUUUGUACGAUAAACGAUUGUAGUGACAAAAUAUGGUUUUGUCAUUAACAUCGAAUGCCGAAUAGUACUUGUCUUGAAAUAGUUGGUCUACAAAAUAUUUUUUCCCACCUAUACUAUAUAUAUGGUGAUAUAGGUGAAGCCAUUAACAAAGAGAAGAAGAAGGAAAAGACUAUUUAUUUAUUGAAAUCAAAACGCGUAACAUAAUAAUGUUGUGACAAUAGAUACAAUCAUAAUAUUAUAUUAAAAAAUAUUCUGAAACCAUGUCAUCCCCAAAGGAAACUGUAAUAAGAAUAGAAGAUCCUAAAAAUGGGGGGCAAAAAUCAGAAGUAAACAUUCUUUGCUUCGACAUAACUAAAUACAGUAUUGUAGUACAAUUUUCGUUGAGUUGCUUCUUUGUAUUUACGUUUUAUUUAGCGUAUGGAUAUUUUUUGGAACUUAUAUUUGCUAAACCAGAAGUGAAACCUGUGAGUCUUUAUAUAACAUUUGUUCAAUUUUUAAUUACAAUGGCCCUAAGUUAUGUGGAAGCAUCAAUAAGGAAUCCAAUUAAAAGGAAGGUUCCAAUAAGAACAUAUGCUGUUCUGGCUGCUCUAACUCUGGGUACAAUGUCAUUAUCAAAUUUAGCUUUGAGCUAUCUUAACUAUCCAACCCAGUUGAUAUUCAAGAGCUGUAAGCUUAUACCAGUGAUGAUUGGCAGCAUCAUUAUAUUGGGAAAGAGAUAUGGUUUUCUAGAUUAUGUUGCUGCUAUUGUAAUGUGUGUGGGAUUGACCAUGUUUACUUUAGCCGAUUCAAAAACAUCACCAAACUUUGAUGUAAUUGGUGUGAUUGUGAUAUCUCUGGCACUAUUAUGUGAUGCAAUCAUUGGCAAUGUUCAAGAGAAGGCAAUGAAGCAGUUUCAAGCAACAAAUAAUGAAGUUGUGUUCUAUUCAUACGCCAUAGCUAGCCUAUAUUUGCUAGUUAUUACUGGAGUUAGUGGAAUUUUAAAGGAUGGAUUUGUUUACUGUUCACAGGAACCUACAACUAUGUACACAAAUAUUUUUUUCCUGAGUGUUUGUGGGUACAUGGGAUUACAAGCAGUAUUAACGCUCGUAAGGAUAUGUGGUGCCACUGUAGCUGUUACAGUUACUACUAUGAGGAAGGCACUGUCUAUUGUCAUUUCCUUCUUGCUAUUUAGCAAGCCAUUUGUUUUUCAGUAUGCCUGGUCUGGUAUGCUGGUCGUGUUGGCAAUAUAUUUAAACCAUUAUAGCAAAAAAAAUCCCAAUUAUGUUCCUAAACCAGUUGCCAAAUGUUGGCAAUACAUGCAAUCAUUUUACCAAUCUGAAUACAGAUAUCUUAGGAUUAAGAGUAAAAUGUACACAGACACUGUGUAGUUUGUAUUGUAGAUAAAAUAUCUAGAGAAUUAGUGAGAAUUUAUUUAUAUUAUAUGUUAUUAAAUAUAAAUUUAAAGGUCA